AGCGCUCAGGCUAUUGGGGGGCUGGUGGGCGUCACCAGCGCCCGCCUGGGCUCCAUGAAGACGCGCUUCGAAGGGCUUUGUCUGCUCUCGCUCCUCGUCAGCGAAAGCCCCACCGAACCCUUCCAGCAGCACUGCCUGGGGUGGCUGCGGGGGCUGCAGCACCUCCUGCAGUCGCAGGAUCCGGCCCCCACGAUGGCGCUGGGGGUGUCGGUGCUGCACGAACUGCUGCGGUUCUCGGCGCAACUCCCGGAAUUGGCGCGGGAAAUCGGCACCGACCACAUCCCGGGGCUGCUGACCUCCCUGCUGGCCCUGCGCCCCGAGUGCGAGUUGUCGACGCUGGAGGGGAUCAAAUCGUGUAUGACCUUCUACCCGCGUGCCUGCGGCUCCAUGCGGGGGAAGUUGGCAGCGUAUUUCCUAUCCCGCAUCGAUUCCGAGUCCCCCCAACUACAGCAGCUGGCGUGCGAGUGCUACGCGCUGCUGCCGGCGUUGGGCAGAGGAUUCUCGCAGGGGCUGCGGCACACGGAGUGUUGGAACCAGGAGGUGCAGGGGCUGUUGGCCACGCUGCAUCGGCUUCUUGGGGCGCUCUUCGAGGGCAGCGAGAGCGACCCCCUUCCCUACGAGGGUCCUGGGGUGGAACUGCUGCUUCCGCCCCCUCCGGACGGCGACGCCGGCUUCGUCCUCACCCUCCACAACCGCUUCUCGGGACUCGCCCGCGUCCUUCAGCUCCUGCUCAGUAAGGAAUUCGUGGCGCCGGUUACCGUUCCGGUCCAGGAUAUCUUGGAUCUCGUGUGCCGCGCGCUCAACAUCACCAGCAAGAACAUCAACUGGUUUGGGGACGGUCCCCUCAAAAUGCUGCUGUUGCCGUCGGUGCAUAUGGAAGUGUUGGAUGUGCUCUCCGCCCUCAUCCUGGCUUGUGGGGCGCGCUUGGUCCGUUGGGGCUCCGUCCUGGGGCGCCUCUUCCCGCAGGUGCUGAGCGCCUGGAGCGGCGCGCGGGAUCCGUUGCUGCCGGGACAGGAAAGACCCUUUGGGGCGGUGCGGACGCGCCUGUACGAGGUGUUGGAGUUGUGGGUGCGCGUAGCGGGCGCCGCUUCGGGGGUGCUGCAGGGGGGGGGGCGCCCCCGCCGAGGCUCUAUUGGGGCACCUUUUGGGGGACAUCACCCCCCCCACCGCCGGCGCCAGGCUGAAAGCGGACCCCAAACCCAGCGCCCCCAAACGCCCCAAAUUGGGGGACGGGGGGGACGCCCCCCCCCUGCACCGCAAAGUGGAACCGACGGCCAACAGCGACGUCUGCGCCGCCGCGCUGAGAGCGCUGCGCCGCAUCGUCCUGACGGGGGGGCCACUCAUCAAGGAGGAAACGCAUCGGCGGCUGCAGGAGUUGGUGGUGCCGUUACUGCUGCGAUUACCGCAAGGGGAGAACCCCCCCGGUCCGUCCCCCCUCCCCGGUUCGCCGUACGCCGCUGCCCGGUGCCGCGUCGCCCUCUACCGGCUGCUGCUGGCACUGCUGCUCGCCCCCGCCCGCGCCCCCCCGCUGCCCUGCGCCCUGCGCGCCUUCACCCAGGGGCAGCGGGACCCCGCGCUGCAGGUCUCCUCUUUCUGCACCGAAGCCCUGGUGGUGGCAAACGCCCUGGCGCGCCCCUGGGUGCCCCCUUUGCACCCCCAAACGGCACCGGGAGCCCCCCCGGAUCCCCCAGGACCCCCAUUUCGUCCCCUUCCCCCCCCAGCAUUUCCAGGGGGCCCCCGAGCCGUGGCGGCCAGCCCCCCCAAACCCCCUGGGACUGCCGCGGUUGCCACCGUUGGCGGAAGCCCCCGGGUGGGGGUGAAGCCCCUGCGGGUUUGGGGGGUGAAGAGGAUGGGGGGGUCCCAGGGGGUGGGGGGCGCCCCCGUCGCCCCGUUUUUGUCCACUAUGAUAAAGAAGAACCGUCGGACGUGGAGAUCUCGUUAGAGAGCGACUCCGACGAUAGCGUCGUUAUCGUCCCCAAACGGGGGCCCCCGGCACCCCCUCCCCAAGAGACCCCCGGCCCCAAAGCUGCCCCCCCCCACCGCCAACGCGCGCCCCCCCUUCCUCCUCCUCCUCCUCCUCUUCCUCCUCCUCCUCCUCCUCCUCCACCUGCCCCCUCCCCACCUCCCACUGAGCCCCCCGAGGAAGCGGGGCCCCCCCUGGCCCCCCCACCGCCCCCCACCAUCCCCACCGAGUCCCCCGGGGAACCCGAUCCGGCCGUCAUCAACAUUAACAGCAGCGAGGAAGAGGAAGAGGAAGAGGAAGAAGAGGAGGAAGAGGAGUUUGGGGAGGAGGAAUUCUUUGAGGAAGAAGAGGAGGAAGAAGAAGAGGAAGAGUUUGACGAGGAGGAAGAGCUGGGUGAGGAAGAGUAUGAGGAGGACGAGGAGGAGGAAGAGUACGAGGAGGAUGAAGGUCUUUCCGAGGAAGAGGAAGAAGAAGAGGAAGAAGAAGAGGAAGAGGAAGGGCAGCCCCUUCCCCAGGAAACCUCCCUGCCGCCACCGCCGGACACGGGGGGGCUGGUGAUGGAGGUGGAGGAAGGCCAGGAGCCCCCCCCGGCCCCCGAGGAGGAGGAAGACGAGGAAGACGAAGGCAGAGGGGACCCCAAAACCGCUCAGGAUAGGGGGGAAGAAGAAGGGGAGCCCCCCCCGGAGCCCCCUAUACUGGAGGCCCCUGAGGUGCCCCCCCCUACCCUGGAUGAGGCCCCUCCAGAGCCACCGCCGCCCCCCGAAAUCCCAGGGGGAACCGGGACCCCCCCUGCACCCCCCGAGCUGGGGGAUGAGGAGGAGGAGGAGGAGCCCCCCCCGGCCCCCCCCACCGAGAAGGAGGAGGAGCUGGAUGAGACGGCCACGAUGCUGGCUGACUUCAUCGAUUGCCCCCCAGACGACGACAAAGCCCCUGAAAAUGCUCUGUGACACCCCCUUCCGAUC